AUGGAUUCCUCCACCACCCCCGGUCACAAGCGCAAAGUCGCCGACAUGAGCUCCGACUCCGAAGAAGACGCCCGCCCGACCAUGGGCUUUCGCGGGUUCGCCCGUGCAUCCUCUCGCUCCGAGUCUCCCCCCGCAUCGAUGGGCGGUCUGGGGAGUGGUCGUCGCAAUCUGUGGAAGAACAAUGGGGGCAACAUGCCAUCCGGAAGAAGCACCCCGAGCGGAGGCGGAGGCGGAGGCGGAGGCGCCAAUUCCUUCGCCGCGCGCAUGAUGGCCAAAAUGGGAUAUGUCGAGGGACAAGGUCUCGGAUCUAGCGGCCAGGGUAUCGUCAACCCCAUCGAGGCUCAGGCCCGUCCCUCGGGCGCCGGUCUGGGUGUGGUCCGCGAGAAGACCAAGCAGGCGCGCGAGGAAGAGAAACGGGCUGCUGCUCAGCGCGGGGAGAAACUGGAGGACAGCUCCGACGAGGAACGCAAGAAGCGGCAGAGGAAGAAGGCGGAGCGCAAGAAGGAGGCUCGCAGUGGUUCAGGAACGCCGGUCGCGCGGCCGAAACCCCAAUUCCGCACGGCCCGAGAGAUGGAAGCGGACAUGGAGGGUCUGGAGGUGCCCAAUGUGCUCAAGUCAUUGGUCGAUGCGACUGGGAAAGAGCAGCGGGUGCUGACGUCGACCGCCGGUCUGAUGGUGUCCCAGGAGUUCGUCAAUCAGGGCGAAGGGGAGGCGCUGAAGAUCGCCCGUCGGGCGCGCAACGACCUGGAAGCCUUCGCCGACGAAUGGAAGGGCCUGACGGAGAGAAAGCGGUUCAUCGAGCUGGAGGAGGCCCAGAUCGUGGAGCAGAUGGACACACAGCAGCUCCGAUCCGAUCAGCUGACGGAGCUCGUAACGGCCAUCGGCCAGCUGGAGCUCGUCCAAAGUGACGACACGCGGGUCCAGUUCGACCAGGUCACCGACAAGCUCGAGGCUUUACAGACCAAGUACCAGGCCGAGAUCGACGAAUACCGGCUGCCCGAGGUUGCGGUGGCCGCGCUGCACCCGCUCUUCCGUCGGGCGAUGGAAGACUGGGAGCCGCUCCAGGAGCCGACCUUCCUCGUAUCCCAUCUCCACCGUCUCCGGCCCCUCCUAACGCGAAAAAAGAACAGCGAGCCAACCCAGCGACAGUCGACCACCCCCUACGAGACCAUGAUCUACACCCUCUGGCUCCCCCGCGUGCGCUCAGCGCUUCUCAACGAGUGGGACGUGUUCGAUUCGUCGCCCGCCACCUCCCUCCUCGUCGCCUGGAAAGAUCUGCUCCCGCCGUUCGUCUACGCCAACGUGCUCGACCAGCUAGUCGUGCCCAAACUCGCAGGCGGCCUGAAGGCAUGGAAGCCCCGCGCCAGCAGCCGACGACACGGAUCCUCACCCGCAAACAGCGCCCGAUUCCCCUGGUGGCUCUUCACCUGGCUGCAAUACCUAGACGACCGACACACGAACCCGAAGCAAGCAACGGGGCUCCUAUCCGACGCAAAGCGCAAGUUCCGCGUCGUCCUAGACACCUGGGACCUCAGCCGCGGUCUAAUCAGCGGAAUCGAGCUGUGGCGCGACGCGCUAGGCUCCGAGUUCGACGUCUGCCUCCGCAACCACCUGCUACCGCGGCUGGCCCGCCACCUCCGCGAGGAUUUCGACGUCAACCCGCAAGACCAGGACCUCACGGCCCUCGAGAACGUCCUCAAAUGGCAGCCCUUCUUCAAGCCCAACGUCCUGGGCCUCCUCCUCGUCGCCGAGUUCUUCCCCAAAUGGCACCACAUCCUCUACAUCUGGCUCACCAACGACCCCAACUACGACGAAGUCGCCGAGUGGUUCUCCUGGUGGCGCGGCCAGAUCCCAGCCCCCCUCAACGAGCUGACCAUCACCUCCCCAAACAAGACCACCAACCACCACAACCACUACCAGCAGAACACAAACCCCGAGCCGUCGAAGAAAUCUCCUUCAAAGACAUCCUGGAAUCAUGGUGCCAAGAGCAAGGCCUCAUCAUGCUCCCCCUCCGCGAAGCGCACCCGCAAAACGGCCAGCCCCUCUUCCGCAUUACCGCCAGCGCAACCGGCAAAGGCGGCGUCGUGGCCUACCUGCAAGGCGACGUCGUCUGGGUGCAGAACAAGCGGGCGAAAGAGGUCUGGGAACCGAUGGGGUUGGAGGAGAGGUUGGUCGAGAAGGCUGAGGGGAAGUACUGAUAGGAUCAUUCGUAUAUAA